UCAUCGAACAAAAGCUGAGAAAUCAAUUGUUCUUGGACCUAAAUAACAAAACUCCAACAUUAAUAUCUAAUAUCUUAACGAGCAACCAUUUUAAUAAACUCGUCACACUGGUGCACGAGCCAAGAGCUAAGACGGAGGACCUUUCCAACUUGAAUUUCAAUUUUCACGCGAUAGUCCAUAAAGCAUCCGAAAAAGAAGGAACGCCGAGAUCGGUUAAGGAAUCGCUGGGAAAGAUCUUAUGGAACGAAAAACGCGUUUGCCGUCGAAUUCCAGCGAUCAAGCGAAAAGAAAGGAAGCUGGAUGAUAUACCGGUGGAUCCACGUUCCACGCCGGAUAUUUACGUGUAGCCCGAUGGCCGAACUGCUGUCGAACAUCGGGUUUUACAGCGUCGAGCAACGGCGUAUCGUGGACAUCAUCGAGAGCCAAGGAUCCGGCGACUGGUUACACGCAAGUAGAUGGAUGAAGGUGGCUGGAACAAGGUGGCGGCUGAUGGGUGUAAAUUCGAGAUACGAUCUUCUCUCUUCUGUGUCCCUUUCCAAACGAAUUUACCGACUGCUGCGCAUUCUGCCUGCUUGGUUUUACUUGGUUUUUAAUUAUCCCCAGGGUUUCCGAGACAAAGGCGUCGCCGCCGUUGUUAGCCAGGUAUGAUGCAUUAGAGAACUUGAAGAAUUUUAAGAAUGAAUCGAUUC